CUUAACAUAUUCAUUGGCUGUGGAUAUCUUUCAAAACACUCUCAGUGCUGAUCUGCGCACUUAAAACAUUUUAUUUCCGGAAGAACCAUUUACAAUAGCCGUCCAGAUGUUGACCAUGACAGCGAUGUACAUGAAUGGGGGGGCGGGAGGGAACCAGCGGUAUGCCCGCUGGAACCGCCACGACAGCUUGGAGGACUAUGGGCGAUCUGAGUCCGGUGAACAGGACGGAGAAGAGAAACCACGCAAGCUCACGCCUUUUGAAAAACUUACUCAAGAUAUGUCGCGGGAUGAGAGGACUGUGAAAGAGCUGACCUUGGGCAAAAGGCUUGGUUUUUAUCGCCUACGCGGGGAGAUAGGAAGUGGCAAUUUCUCACAAGUCAAGCUUGGAAUUCAUGUUCUCACUAAAGAAAAAGUUGCAAUAAAAAUCUUGGAUAAAACCAAGCUGGAUCCAAAAACACAGCGACUUUUAUCACGCGAGAUUUCAAGCAUGGAGAAGCUGCAUCAUCCCAACAUCAUUCGGUUGUACGAAGUUUUGGAAACCCUGUCUAAACUACACCUGGUCAUGGAAUAUGCAGGAGGCGGGGAGCUGUUUGCCAAAAUUAACACAGAAGGAAAGCUGUCAGAAUCUGAGAGCAAAAUCAUCUUCUCGCAGAUAGUUUCCGCUGUGAAGCACAUGCACGAUAACCAAAUAAUACACAGAGACCUGAAAGCUGAAAAUGUCUUCUACACCAGCAACACUUGCGUGAAGGUCGGAGAUUUUGGAUUUAGCACGAUAAGUAAAAAAGAUGAAACUUUAAACACCUUCUGUGGCUCUCCUCCAUAUGCUGCCCCUGAGCUCUUCAGAGAUGAACAUUACAUCGGUGUCUAUGUUGAUAUCUGGGCUAUGGGAAUAUUAUUGUACUUUAUGGUCACUGGCAGCAUGCCAUUCCGAGCGGAUACCGUUGCCAAAUUAAAGAAGUGCAUUCUCGAUGGGACCUACACCAUCCCUCCCUAUGUGUCGGAACCCUGCCAAAAACUAAUCAAGGGAAUGCUUCAACCAAUACCUUCAGAAAGGUGCAGCGUUGAUUACAUAGUGAACAGUGAAUGGAUGCAUGGGAUAGAGUACCCAAAGCCACUGGAACCGGUCAAGUUGGACCCAAAACAUCUACUAGAUACAAACGUACUCAAAGAAGAAGAGUCAGAAGUGAAGGCUACCCUGGAAAGUUUAGGCAUUACAGAAGAACAUAUUCUCAACAACCGGGGAAAAGACUCACGGAGUUCAAUAACAGGAAUCUACAGAAUUGUUCUUCAUAGGGUCCAGAAGAAGAGGGCAAUAGAAAACAUCCCUGUCGCCAUACAUUCUGACCCCAAAGAAAAGAAUUCAAGGAAGCCUCAUCGAACACGCCGAGAAAUAAGGCAUACAUCUAAAUUUUGUUCCAUUUUAUAAAACUUGUUUGGAAUUCUUUACUGUGUAAAUUGAGCGUGUAACCGGUGCUCGGUGUCUGGCAAUCUUCAUAUUAUUACAUGAUGCCUUUCAGGACACAUUUGUGAUACUGUGGUUUUUUUUUACAAGGAUGUAAAUAGCAACAUAAUAUUUGCUUGAAGGGUUUAAUGAAAUAGGUCUUGAACCAUUCUGCUAGAGAAUAGUGUUUGCGCUUCCAUUUGAAAUCAAAUUGAAACACAGGUUUUUUUUAGAUCGUUAGCAAUAAGGAACAGUAAUAUUGCUAAGAUAUUGUAGCUUCCUGAGAAUGUA